AUGGGUGCAGAUCCUUUUUGCGUCCGUUCCUCCAGAUCUACGGCGGGUUCUUUGUGCGGGCGACGGUCGGCGAGUGGAGGAGGUCUCUGUUGCAUAGGUCGAUUUCGAGGAGCUUGGCGUCUCCCGUGGGAUUUUGGAGUUCGUCUGAUUUGGCUGUUUGGCUCAAUCGCCGUCGUUAGCCCAGGUCUGCUGCACCGGCGGUUUGGGGUCUUAGGGAGGAUGGACCUUCGCUGUCAUCUUGGCGUGUCAUGGAGGUCGUCUUCUUGGUCUCCAUCUGUCUCGGUUUCUUUUGGUGGCUUCCGGCGGGAAUCUGGUCCGGCGAGUUGGUGUCGGUUCUUUGGGUUCAGAGGAGAAUGCGAGGCCGAGGCCGAGGCCAAAUCCCUCCACCGCCAGAAGCAAUCCCAUCUCGAUCAGCAUCAGAACGACCCUGCCUCGUCCUCGUUAAACCCUAGCUCCGAGCCGAAAAUCCCCAAAUCAAAGCCCGAACCCUCCUCCAAAUCCCUCGCCGAGGAGCAUAAAGGCGCGAUGGAUUAUUUAUCAGUAGGCAUGGAUCAGGAUCAGGAUCAGGACCAGCAAGGGAUGAUCAGUUGCUUGAAUGUAUCACUCGAUCCCAGCAAACCAGGUUAUGGUGUUGCUCUUGCUAGAUUUGCAGCACAACAGGAAAGUGUAUUUGAAUUCCGGCAUAUAUCCUUGAUGAUUCUAGAACACUGGAAUGAGGAUGAGGAAGGCUUUGAGCAUCCUGUUGUUGAGAGCAAUGAGAAGGCAGCUGUGAAAGGACUACUUUUAGCAUUGCUUGAUGAUCCUCGUAAGGAGAUCCGUAUUGCAGUAAGUGCGGCUGUAUCGGCGAUUGCGCUUUAUGAUUGGCCAGAAGAUUGGCCUGAAUUAGUGCCUUCUCUUAUAACUUUAAUUUUGCGCGAGAGUAAUCUGAAUGGUGUGCAUGGAGCUUUACUAUGCUUGUCUCCUCUUUCCUCGGACAUGGAUGACAAGACGGUGCCCCAACUUGUCCCACAUUUAUUCCCAUGCUUGCACUGGAUGAUAUCGAAUCCUCAGAUCUAUCACACAAGUCUGAGGUCUAAAGCUCUGUCACUAAUUUAUAAUUGUAAUUCAAUGAGUUGGUCCAUGAGUGGUGUGUACGAGGAGAUGGAAACAACCACCGAUAUGCUCGAAUCUUGGAUGGAUACAUUUUCGUCAAUCUUGUUAAAGCAGGUACCAUCUGAAGAUCCUGAUGAUUGGAGCAUAAGGAAGGAGGUGAUAAAGUGUUUGAAUCAGUUCAUUCAGAACUUUUCCACCUUUACAAAAACUUAUUGCAGUUUCGCCCAUCCUUAUGUUCUUAUUCUCAUAAUUUCUUACUCUGGCGAUAUUUCAGUAAUUGAGUGGCCAUUUUGGGAAACAUUUGGGUCAACGUUGGAAGUUUAUGAGCGCUCAGCAAUUGAAGGCAAUGAAAAUUCCUAUGAUGAAGGUUAUGAUUCUGAUGGUGCUGAGCAAAGUCUCGAGUCCUUUGUUAUCGAGUUAUUUAAAUUCUUAUUGACUGCUACUGGAAGCCCGAGGUCUGUGAAGGUUGUUAUGGACAAUGUAUUUGAGUUAGUCUACUACACUAUUGGUUUCCUUCAAAUGACGGAAAGACAGGUUCAGUCCUGGUCAAACGAUGCUAACAAGUAUGUUGCUGACGAGGAUAACAGUAGUUACUGUCGUGUACACGGUAAAUAG